GUUGUUAAUCAGUUAUUUUCACCUCCCAUUUCUUCUCCACUAAUUCACCAACCACCUCCCACCACCACCAACCCCCACCAAAUAAUUAGGGUUUCAUUUCCCCCCCCCAAAUUAUAAUAUUCCAAUCAACACAUAAUUAUGCAUCAUACUCCUCCACCGGAAUCACAAUCACCAUCACCACCACCACUGGAAUCACAAUCCCAACCACCACCACCGCCGCCUCCGCCGUUGAAUAUGAUGAACUCAAUCGAGGAUCCGUCAACUUCAAUUUGGGACUGGUCUCAGUUUCUCGAUUUCAAUUUCGAAGAUCAAUUACCUUUACCGUCGGAAAACACCGCUCACUCGCCGGUCAUUAUUCCUACUUUUCAGGAGGACCUUAUUCCAGUUGAAGAUGAUCAUUUUCCGGUAACUGAUUAUACUAAUAACAACGACAACAACAUUAAUAAUGAUGAUGAUAAUGAUAUUGAUAAUAAUAAUAAUAAUAGUGUUGGUAGGGUUAGGAAAAGGGAUCCGAGAAUCGCGUGUUCGAAUUUCUUAGCGGGUCGGAUACCUUGUGCUUGUCCUGAACUUGAUGCACAGUUAGCUGCAGAGGAAGAGGAACGACAAGCGGUUGCGAAAAAGAAGAAACGAACGGCUACGAAUGGGUCGGGUUCGAGAUGUCAGGUUCCGGGUUGUGAAGUUGAUAUAAGUGAGCUGAAAGGUUAUCAUAAAAGACAUAGGGUUUGUCUUACAUGUGCUACUGCUUCUUGUGUCUUUCUUGAUGGUACUAAUAAAAGAUAUUGCCAACAAUGUGGCAAGUUUCAUGUGCUGUCAGAUUUUGAUGAGGGUAAACGUAGUUGCAGAAGAAAAUUAGAACGCCAUAAUAACCGACGUAGAAGAAAAUCUUCAGAAUCCAAAGGAUCUGGAGUUCAAUCAGUAGAUUAUGAUGAUGGUUAUGAUGAAGCUAAAAAAGGUACCAAAUCCACAAGUAGUGAAUUAGCAGGAGAGAAGCCAUUCUUAGCAACCGAAGGGCAUACAUCUAUACUGAGCUCCAUUCAUUCCCAAAAUAUUCAGAGUGAUAGCAUUGCAUCUUUGGCUGUAUCUGGCGAAACUCAAACUGAUGAAGAGAAAGAAAAGGGGACAAAUUCUCCAUCUUUUUGCGAUGAUAAGAAUGGUUUUUCCUCUAUGUGCCAAACUGGUCGGAUAUCAUUUAAGCUUUAUGAUUGGAAUCCGGCAGAGUUUCCACGUAGACUCCGACAUCAAAUAUUUCAGUGGUUGGCCACCAUGCCAGUUGAAUUGGAAGGAUACAUUCGUCCUGGAUGUACAAUCUUGACUAUAUUUAUCGCAAUGCCAAGGUUUAUGUGGGUGAAGUUGAGUGAAGAUCCAGUUGUAUGUAUACAUGACCUACUUGCAUCACCAAGAAGCUUGCUUUCUGGACGUGAUACAUUUUUUGUUAAUUUAAACAGCAUGAUCUUCAGUGUCAUGAAAGGUGGAAGGUCCGUGAUAAAAGUUAAAGCAGGGGAGAAGUCUCCAAAGCUUCAUUAUGUUCAGCCUACGUUCUUUGAAGCCGGCAAACCCAUAGAGUUUUUGGCAUGUGGAAGUAAUUUGCUUCAGCCAAGACUCAGGUUUCUAGUAUCCUUUGCUGGCCAGUAUAUGACAAACAAUGUGAGUGUUGUACCAUCGAGCAAAAAAAAUGAGGCCUCGACGAAUAGCAUCAAUCAGCAGUUUCUGAAUAUAUGUGUUCCCCACACUGAAUUGGAUGUUUUUGGCCCCGGGUUUAUUGAGGUUGAAAACGAAUCCGGUCUGUCCAAUUUCGUUCCAAUUCUCGUUGCAGACGAAGAAGUAUGUUCGGAGAUUAAAAGAAUGCAGAUGAAAUAUUAUUCAACUUUUCAUUCUCGUGAUGCAGAGUCUACAUCUACAACUAGUUCUUGUGAAGUUGCUGUUAACAAGUUUUCUGAAUUGCUCGUAGAUAUGGCAUGGUUACUCAAACAGCCUAUUAUAGAAAACACAGAGUGUGAUAUUAUGUCAUCACAACUACAUAGAUUCAAUUUGGUAAUUAAUUUUCUGAUUGACUAUGAGUCGACCACGGUUUUGAAGAGAGUAUUACACUGCUUGAAGAUGAGAAUGAUCAAAAGCGGUGGUUUUGAUGGGACAUUGCUUCAGGGGACUGUGAAUCAUGCUACAAAGGUUCUUAAUCAGCGUUUGGAGAAAAAAGUAAACCUGGGGUUUCAUCCGACAGAUAAUUUGGCAAAAGACGAUGAUGUAAGCUACAAAGAGCAGCUGCGUCCUUUCAUUUCAAUCGUUAAUCAGGAUAUGCAAAAAAGUGAAAAAGUUGCGCUCCUAAAUGCCGAUUGUGUUAUGAGUGUGACACCCUACAAGGAACAACUGGAGAAACCCUCAAAUCGUACAUUUACUUAUUAUAAUACCAGUAGAUUAUUUACCCCCCGUCCUCUCAUCUUAACCAUUGCUUUGGUUACAAUAUGUUUUGGUAUUUGCGCAGUUGUUUUGCACCCUCAAAAGGCUACUGCAAUUGCCGUAACUAUUCAUAGGUGUUUGUUUGAUGAUAAAUAGUCUUUCAUUUAUAAAUCUUGUACCCGUUGAAGGGCUAGUUUGUAAAUUAACUGUUGUAUGCUAGAUUAACCAUAGAAUGAGUUAGCGAAAAUAUUUUUGCUUGUAUUCUUUGUUGAAAAGAUCUAAUUGUUUCUUUGAAUUGUAAAUAAUUGCCUAAUUUGCAAUUAUCAUCCCUCGGGAA